AAUAUUUUAUAGGUUUUGCAUAUAUUUAGUGUGAGGUUUCGUUUGACCUAGAAACUAUAAACACUUGGAAGCACUAAACCCUAAAAUCGACAGAGCAUUUUUGAACAGAUGGAGAAGGCUUUCCGUUGGGAGAUAAACAACUUUUCCGAAAAUAAAAGUGUGAUGAAGUCAGAUCGUUUCUCAAGCGGCGGCUGCGAAUGGUAUCUUUGUGUUUAUCCCAAGGGAAAAAUUGUGGAUGAUCACUUGUCUCUAUUCCUGAACGUUGUGAAUUUUCGAAAACUGCUACCUGGAUGGAAGAGACAAGCUAGUUUUAGUUUUGUUGUGUUGAAUCAAUCUGGCAAAGAGCUACAUAGAACAGUUGAAAAAAGCAGAUUGUUCUGUGCUGAGGCUCCAAGCUGGGGUUAUUCCAAAAUUUUGCCUCUUACCAAGCUUCAAGAAGAUGGGUUUUUGGAGAACAACAAACUAACCAUUGAAGUCAACAUUAAAGUAACUAAAGUUGCUCACGAAGGAAAAUCAACUGAGAAUGAAAUUGUUGUUGUUCACGGUUUCCAUGUUCUUAAUAGUCAGGUUGUUUCAAUGCACAACAUGUUUGUGAAGCACCCAGACGUUGCGGUAGAUAUUAGAUCAGAUAUCAGAGAGGUGAAGACAGCAUACAUGAAUAUUCUUCUCGGUCUAGUCCAGACACUAGCCAAGCCUCCUCAGAGCUUGUCGGAGACUGAGCUAAGCAACGCUGACAGCGAGUUGAGCGAGCUAACUGAUGCUGGCUUUAAGCUGGAUUGGUUGAAGUCAAAGCUUGAGGAAGUUUCCUUGAAGAGGAAGGAACCAUCUUCUCAUCUCAAAGUUGAACUGGAUAAGGAGAAGAUCGAAUCGGCUACUGCUGCUCCUGCUCCUGCUCCAAGAGUUUCUCCCUUUGAGUGCAUAGACGUUUUGAUAAAGAAAUUCUUUUUGGCUUGCUUCUCAGGACAAUAUAUGGGGAAUCAAAUGCAGAAGAGUAUCUCAGAUAAGGGUGAUCAGUUGCAAACUUGUUACACGUUCGAGAUAGAUAACUUCUCCCUGAAUAAAUAUUCGAUAAAGUCUCCAAAGUUCUUAUGUGGAGGGUGUGAAUGGUAUCUUCUAGUUCAUCCCACGGAAACCAGAUUUGAUGAUCACUUGAGUGUGUACCUAUGCGUUUAUAAUCCUAAGUCAUUGCGAACUGGAUGGCAAAGGAAAGCUAACUUUCGAUUCACUCUCUUGAACUCGAACCAAUCCGGAAAUGUCCUCAAUAGCGCAACUGAAAGGUCAUGCUUAUUCUGCGCUCAGUUCUCAUCCUGGGGUCAUAAGACAUUGCCACUUAGCAAGCUUAAAGAAGAAGAGUUUUUGGAAAAUAGCAAACUGUUCAUUAAAGUCGACGUAAAAGUAGUUGACAUUGUUCAUGAAGCAGAGAUAACUGGAAAGGAGACGUUAUUUCUCAAGGGUUUUGACGUUCUUUAUAGUCAGUUUGAUUCAGUGCACAAAAUUUUCGAGAAACACCCAAACAUUGCUAUUGAUUUCAAACCAAAGGACAAAGGUGUGAAAGCAGCAUACAUGAAUCUUCUUCUCAGCCUCAUCGAGACACUGCGCAAGCCUCUUCGUAGCUUUUCUGAGACUGAGCUAAGCGACGCUGAGAGCCAGUUGAAUGAGCUAACAGAAGCUGGAUUCAAGCUGGAUUGGUUAAAGACAAGGUUUGAGGAGAUUUACUUGGAGAGAAAGAAUGCAGAUGCUGAUAAAUCUAGGGCCCAAGAAGUGGAGGAACGCAUCAAGAACCUUGAGCUGACUUUGUCAGAUCUCAAAGUUGAACUAGAAAAGGAGAAGGCUAAAUCUGCUGCUGAUGCUACGCUUUUGUCUUUUGACGAAAUUGUUUUAGGUCAAAAAUAAAAGUUUGGAGGUUCAUGUAAUGUAUCUGGGAUUAGCUUGUUACUAUGUUCAUUGUUUCAUCACUUUUCAACACAUGUUUGAGUUCAAGUGUUUGGUCGACAAAACAGAAAACCUUGAGGAAAAUUCUUGGCAGCAAAGGUGUUUUAUUUUACAAGCACCGAAAGGUUAAAAUAUCAAAAGAUGUAAGUACUGUGGGCCAAGAAAAGGUCCAAUUAAGCCCAUAACUCUUUGGAAGCCUGACUGAAAAUGAUCGCUGAUGUGUGUGGGUUUUGGUGGUUCGUUUAUGAUUGUUUGUACUUUGUAUCAAUCAGCUUUUGUGCAGAUCCGUGCUUACAGCCUAUUGAAAAAGGCAUUUGCCUAGAGCCUCCAAAUUUUGUAAAUUUUUUAGGGCCUCUAAUUAUAAAAAAAAAAAUUUACAUGGUAGUUAAUGUAUUCUUUUAGUUGAUUUUUAUUAUUAUUUGAUUCUAAAUUUGACUUCUGUUUAAAAUAACUAAUUUGUGAUCAAUUUUACUAUAUUUUAGAUAAAACUAUAAAAAUUCUACUUCAAAUUAUCUGCAAAUAUUUGAUCCACAUUUAUCUUCAUUGUAUAUAUUAUGAGUUAAAUUUAUUUUAUAUAUUUAUAGAAUUUGAUUAAAAAUUUAUAAUAUUUUUAAUAUAUAGAUUAUUGUCUUUAAUUUAAACGCUAAUAUUUAGCUUUUUAAUAGCGACCAACAUUUCAAUCCAAAACGUUAAGAAUAUAUAGUUUGGUUUUUAGUUUAUAAAAGUCUGGUGCAUAAAAUUUAGAAAAUGUUUAGGUAAUAAAUCAAAAAAAUUUAGUGUUAUAUAUAUAUGUUUUUUCAAAAAAAAAAAUAUUUUAUAUAAUUCAAAUUUAAAUAAAAAUAUUUUCAAAAAAAAUAU